AUGAGCGCUGCUCGUAUCUUCCUCUCGCGGCGUUUCCAGGCCGGCGCACUAGCUCUCGCCGCUGGUGCGGUAGCUCCGCGAUGCACGAUCUACCACGAUGGCCCGGCUCCGAGCCCUACGUAUGCCGCAAAUGAUGCCACCUUGAUCGGGCACGCCCGCCGAGUACAUAGUAAAUUCCCCCAGCAAGAAAACAAGUCCAAGGACGACGCGAAACGAGGCGAUGCAGAGCUCAUUGAGCAAACAACCGACCAUGACGUGUACCACCCCGGCUUCGAGCUCGACGACGAUGCUUCUUGGGCACAGUUUUCGCGUAAUUUCGACACUCUCAUCGAGGGCAUCACACGUAUAGAAUGGGGCGGUUUUGGAGAUAAAUUGGCGGAUUUCAUGGUGCCCGCUUGGGCCAGACAUGUUCCCGAAUUGAUUCAGAAGCUGCAAUUCGAGCUGACCAUGAAGCCGGGCACACUUGCGGAUGAGAUCUGGCAGGAAGCACAUAACCCGAGUAUCAAUCCAGAAAUCAUGUGGGAUGCGCGCGUUCGUAUAGGAGACAGCCUAGGCCACGAUGAGGUGCUAUUCAGAGAACGGAGGAAGCAAUACAUGGCCAAGGCAUUCGCCCGCUACCUGGGCAUAAGUGAGAAGGAGGUAGAGCCCGAGGACAUUCCGACCAUUGCCAUGUGUGGCAGUGGUGGUGGACUCAGAGCCCUGGUGGCCGGAACGAGCAGCUACUAUUCAGCGCAGCAGGCGGGCUUGUUCGAUAUUGUCACUUAUACGGCCGGCGUAUCUGGGAGCUGCUGGCUACAGACAUUAUUUUACUCGAGCUUGGGAAAACAGAAUCACGCGACAAUGCUGCGCCAUAUAAAAUCGCGUGUCGGCACACAUAUUGCCUUUCCGCCUCCGGCCCUGAAGCUUGCCACGAGCGCACCCACAAACAAGUUCAUUCUCAGUGGCUUCAUCGAGAAGUUGAAGGGCGACCCUACUGCAACCUUCGGCCUCGUCGACAUCUAUAGCCUCCUACUCGGCUUGCGAUUGCUGGUGCCGCAUGGAGAUCUCGAUGUUCAUCCAGAAGACCUGAAGCUCUCAAACCAACGUACGUUCAUUGAGCACGGCCAGCUACCAAUGCCCAUCUACAGUGCAGUGAGACAUGAGAUCCCAAUUGAUGCCGAAGAGAAGGAACAAUCUCGCAGCAAUCCUGCUCUUCAGGAGAAACUCAAGGAAAAGGUCAAGAAGGAAGCAUGGUUUCAAUGGAUUGAGAUGACUCCAUGGGAGGUCGGUUGCGAAGAGUUCGGAGCAUGGAUUCCCACGUGGUCGCUUGGACGUCCAUUCAACCAGGGACGUAACCAGCUCCUCGAUACUGGCAACGCUGUACCCGAAUACCGUGUAUCUUUACUCCUCGGAAUUUGGGGUAGUGCCUUUACCGCUACUCUAGCGCAUUACUACAAGGAGAUCAAACCCAUCCUGACUGGUAUUACCGGAUUCGCAGGUCUGGACGAGAUUUUGGAGGAGAAGAACGACGACCUGGUCAAAAUCCACCCCAUCGAGCCCGCCACCAUCCCGAACUGGGCGUAUGGCUUGAAAGGCCAAUUACCUGACACAUGUCCCGAGUCAGUCUACAAGUCCGAUCACUUGCAACUGAUGGAUGCUGGCAUGUCCAACAAUCUGCCCAUCUAUCCUCUCCUUCGGCAGGGCCGUGACGUCGACGUUCUCAUUGCUUUCGACGCCUCCGCCGAUAUCCAGAAAGAAAAUUGGCUUUCGGUCGUUGAUGGCUAUGCCAAACAGCGUGGCAUCAAGUCCUGGCCUGUAGGCACGGGCUGGCCCAAGCAGUCAUCGCAACCCGAAGAAAACGCCGCCGCGCUGACUGAAGCUCAAGCGUCCAGCCCCAAGGACGCCUCUGAAAAGCUGGAGGAUGCGAAAUCGGCCGAACAGCAGAUCCCGGCUGAGACCGCCAAAGAAAAGGAGGUAGAGACUGUCUCGAGGAUCUCUGAGACCGGCGCCUCUUCCACGCUGACAACUUGCAAUAUUUGGGUCGGAAGCAAAGCUGAGCGCUCGUCUCCCGAUGAGCCGCCGCCUUCCAAGCGCCUUGCGUGGGACAAUUCCGAGGACAGCACUUUUCACCUCAUGCAGCCUGAUGCCGGCAUCACUGUAAUCUAUUUUCCACUACUGCCUAACAAAAAGGUUCCUGGCGUCGACCCCGAUAAGACCGACUAUAUGAGCACUUGGAACUUUAUCUAUGAGCCACAACAGCUAGACAAAGUCGUCGAGUUGGCGAAGACAAACUUUGACGAAGGUGCCGAGAUGACAAAGCAGACGAUUCGAGCUGUGUACGAGAGGAAAAGGCAGGAGAGGCUGGAGAGGAAGAAAGCCGAGGCGCUCAAGGGCCUUAGAAAGAAGCUGAAAGAACAUGGCGGCCGAGAUGCUUUUGGCUGA